CGGGGGCCAAAGAUCUUGUCAUUAGAGUUUUCUUAUCUGUUGACAAGAAACUGCAAGUGAACCAACGUUUUCUGGAGAUUGUUAACGAUGACAGUUACUCUUCAGAGUUUCCAUACAAAUCAGAGGCCAUAUUGCUGUUUCAAAAAAUUGAAGGCAUACACGUUUGUCUUUUUUGCAUGUACGUCCAAGAAUAUGGUUCGGAAUGUCCAUAUCCAAACAAUCGUCGUGUCUGUCUUUCAUAUGUUGAUUCUGUCAAGUACUUCCAGCCUGCAAUUAAGUCUAUUACUGGGGAGGCUCUCCGUAGUUUUGUAUAUCGUGAAAUUUUGGUUGGAUAUCUUGAGUAUUGCAAAAGAAGAGGGUUUAUGAGCUGUCAUAUAUGGGUCUGUCCUCCUACGAAAGGAGAUGAUUAUAUUUUGUAUUGCCACCCAGAGAUACAAAAGACCCAAAGUUGGAUAGACUACGUCAGUGAACUAGUUGUUUGUUUCUUAGGUAUCUUGAUACGAUACAAAAGGCUACAGAUGAAGAUAUUGUAGUGGAGCAUACUAAUAUGUAUGAACAAUUCUUUGUCUGUACUGGUGAAAAGAAGGCAAAGGUGACCUUGACUUCUGUGCCAUAUUUUGAUGGGGAUUACUUUUCUAGAAGGGCAUAGUAUAUUAUUGCUAAUAUUGAUAAAGAAGACGGUGAAAAAUGACAAAAGAGUAGAAAAAGACCAGCUUCAAAAGUGGCUCCGAAAUAUUCAACCCAAGCUAUUGUUGCAAAUGAUACUGCAAAGGAAGCACUCUUGACACAGAAACUUGGAGAUUGCAUUCGUAACAAGAGGGAGGAUUUUAUUGUGGUUCACAUGCAGCAUGCAUGCAAGUACUGUGGUGAAUUUGAAUUAUCUAGGAAGCUUCGGGUUUGCAUGUUGUGUGAAAAAUUUUAUCUUUGUGAGAAUUGUUAUGAGGCCGAACAAAAUGCUGAUUGCAAGAAUCGAAUUCCCUGUAACAGAAGGGGAAAGCAUUCCUUUUCUCCUGUUGAGAUGAAUGAUCCUCCUUCAAGCACCCAGGACAAGGAUGGUAUUUUGCAAAGUGCAAUGUUUUAUACACCACAAGCCUUCUUAGGCUUCUGUAUAGAUAAUCAUUUACAGUUUGAUACCUUACGUUGUGCAAAGCAUUCCUCUUUUGUGAUCAUUGAUACUCUUCAUGACAAUUUCCGCAAGAGCUUACAUUGUCAACCACUGAAGGGUCAAGCGGAAAAUAACGAGCUUGAAGGAUCAAAAGUCGAAUUCCAAUAGGAGAUUGGUGUAAAAGAAGAAGAACCGACCUUUCAUUGCCUUACGAGUUGCAGAGGUAGGAGGAAAGAAAUAGAACCAAAAGAGGUUGCUGAUUCAUUCAAUAUUUGCUCUGAUCUUCCUUUGAGGAUGCUGUGUAUAACAAUUAAUUUGCAAUACUCUCUUUUUCUCCCUCUAUCUAUCUAUCUAUUUAUCUGUCUAUCAAUCCAUCCAUCUAUCCAUUUCCUUCUAUUUAUUUGUCUCUUCAUGUAUUAGCCAUGACAUUGUAUAUUAUAAUUUAAUCUGAUAAUUAUUUUUUGA